AAAAAGCAGGGGGGCGUCAGAAACGAAGCGAGGGAGGAAGCUAAGCGGAGAGGUGGAGAACUGUCUGUUCUCUGUUAGUGUGCACUGAAAUGCGCUCGGCGCAGCCUCAGAGCCGCAAGCAGCUAAUGAUGCGCGGAGAUCAGCGAUAAACCAGCGGAUACACAGGUGGAGCUGUGACGAUUGUGUCUAUAAGAACGUCGCACAGCAUGCACGGAAACUGAGAAGACACUCGUUCAACAUGAUGCCCCCUCGGCCCUCAUCUCAGCCAUAGAAGCACACACACACACACACACACACACACGCAGAAGAACACACACCAUCACACUACAGCCCCAAGUGUGUCCGGGUUUGUGAGGUGUGCUCUCUGAGGGAUCAUGUCUGUGGUCUUCACACCCGACGGGAUGAAGGAGGGCGACGGCUCUCUGUCCACCGAUGCUCCCGCAGGCAUCCGUGGCAAAAGCAGCCCGUCGGCGCCGGCUAAAGACACCAACGCCGACAGCACAGAACCAGACGACAACCUCUCCCAGGAUGCACAGCGACGCUGUCAGAAUCACGGCCACACUAGGAAACGAGCAAAGUCGAAUGCAAAGCUCAAGCUGGUGAGGAGUCUUGCAGUUUGUGAAGAAUCUUCCGGACCGUUUUCCACCGACGGUCCUCUAGAAUCACAGGACAUCAUUCAGCUUCACAUCAGCUGUCCAUCCGAUAAAGAGGAGGAGAAAUCCUCGAGAGACGAGUACGAGAAUGAGGAAAGGGAAAAGAAGGAUAAAACUCCGCGCAAGAUGCUCUCGCGUGACUCCAGUCAGGAAUACACGGAUUCCACAGGGAUAGAUGUGCACGAGUUCCUGGUGAACACACUGAAAAACAACCCCAGAGACAGAAUGAUGCUGCUCAAGCUGGAACAGGAUAUCCUGGAUUUCAUUGUUGAUGAGAAUAAUCAGUAUAAGAAGUUUCCUCAAAUGACCUCAUAUCAUCGCAUGCUGCUGCAUCGGGUCGCCGCCUACUUUGGCAUGGAUCACAACGUGGACCAAACAGGCAAAGCGGUCAUCAUCAACAAGACCAGCAACACACGCAUCCCCGAGCAGAGGUUCUCUGAGCACAUCAAAGACGAGCGCAACAUGGACUUCCAGAAGAAGUUCAUCCUGAAGCGAGACGAUGCCAGCAUGGAUAAGGACGAUAAUCAGAUCCGGGUACCGCUGCAGGACGGUCGGCGCAGUAAGUCCAUCGAGGAGCGAGAGGAGGAGUACCAGCGCGUCAGAGAUCGCAUCUUUGCACGAGAAUCCUCACAGAAUGGAUACAUCAAUGAUAACAGACUGUCCACUGACGGCUACUCCUCGUCCUCCCAAAAGCGGAGGCAGAUUUUUAGGGGAAACAGGGAAAGCUCCAGCCGGCGGCCGUCCAGCGCCAGAGUGCGAGCAACCGUGACAGGCGCUUAUGAAUGAGCCUGUGAGCCCCGGUCCGUGAGCAGCACAGACUCGGACAGCUCCAGCCGCACGCUCAGACCUCCGGUCACCAAAGCCAGCAGCUUCAGCGGCAUCUCCAUCCUCACGCGCGGAGACAGUCUGGGCAGCGCCAGGGGCUCCCGCACGGGUCUUCCCGCAGUCACUCCAGAUGUGUGUACCGCAGCUCACCCGCCUCAGCAGAGCUCUCCGUCUGCGCAGGCUGUGUCUUACUCUCGCGCCUUCGUGUCCUCAUGUCCAUCCUGCCUGUUUCCGCCCUGCACGCAUUACAGCAGGGGGCUCCAUGCGAGGCACCAGGACCAGCCCCAGGCCUUUUACCAGCCUCCGCCCCGCCGUACUAUCCCAGCAUCCUCCCAACCACAGCCCAUCUACAUCAUGCCCCCAGCCGCACUCCGGGAUACCAGCCUGCUGCUCGCACACCCCACAUCCUCCUCCCGCCUCCGCCGCCUCCACCCAACACAAGGCCUCCUACAGACAUCUCCACCCACGGCAGGGAUACUUGCAGUGCCGCCGCCGCGGCAGCUCGCUCUCUUUGCCCCUCUAAUCAUUACUCAACUCACACACACACACACACACACACACACUCACUCUCUCUCUCUCUCUCAGAUCCAGGUUCAGUAUUACUCCACCGGAGGACAGUAUCCGAAUUCAGGCCAGCAGUUCCGCUCCAUCUCUCACCAGGUGUCAUACCCCACACAGCGCUCUCAGCCGCUGCCCCCGCCGGCGCAGCCCUCCGCUCCUCUCCAGCCCAUGAUGACCAAUCAGCAACCUGCGUACCAGAGCAUGAUGGGAGUCCAGCAGCCUCAGAGCGCCAGUAUGAUGAACACGCAGCGCACGGCCAUGAACGGACAGAUGCAGGGCAUGAUGGUCCAGUACCCACCCAUGCCCUCCUAUCAGGUGCCUGUAGCUAACGAGAGUCAGUCAGUGGUGCAGCAGCAGUACCAGCAGCCCGUCAUGGUUCCCGCCAGUCAGUCUGUACAGGGAGCCAUGCCGACCGCGGCACCCAUGCCCGUCUACUACAGCGUACUGACGCCCACACAACAGAACAGCACAAGUCCAUCUGUGGGUUACCUGCAGCCGCCCAGUUCAGACCAGUACCAGAUGACCCAGUCUGCCUCUCCCUGCAGCCCACAGCCAAUGCAGCAGCAGUAUUCAGGGGUUCCUCCUCCUGGUCCUGGUGUGAUGGUGAUGCAGCUCAGUGUCCCGAACGGACCGCAGCCGACCCAGAAUCCUCCGCUGGUGCAGUGGAACCCCUGCAAGUACUACAGCAUGGAGCAGAGACCCAGCAAACCCGAGACGCAGGUCAGCACUCAGCUCAGCAGUCCGCUGGCGUCUCCCACACAGUCUCCGGCUCCCUCUCCGUCUGGCAGCGUGAACACCGUGUGUCCGGGUCUCGGCCCGCUGCCUCUCAUCUCACAGUUUCCUCGGCCCGGCGGGCCAGCACAAGCAGAUGGACGCUACUCUUUACUGGGGCAGCCGUUGCAGUACAGUCUGUGUCCUCCUCCCAUCAUGCACAACCACAACCAGUCCUCCUACAGCUCCCAUCAGAGUCAGGGAGUGAUGAAGCACGGAGCGCGGGGGAAAAGACAAACGCUCAAAUCUGCCUCUACAGACCUCGGGACUACUGACGUGGUGGUGAGUCGUGUGCUGGAGGUCACGGACCUCCCUGAGGGCAUUUCCCGCCCGGAGGCUGAGAAGCUCUUCAACCAGCUCUCGCUCUGCGGCGCCAAGAUCCAGUGGCUGAAGGACCCUCAGUGUCCCCGGGGCCCCGGCGGCGGACGGGGAGACGCCAGCGACCCCGCUCACCUCUACACCGUGGUGGCCGUGUUCCCCAACACCAUGGCGGCUCAGAGCGCCUCCUUCAAACUCAACAACUGCGGCGGGAGUUUGUUCAAACUGCGCGCCACCAAAAAGAACUACGACUUGCGCGUGCUGGAGCGAGCGAGCUCGCAGUGAGUCGGGAGAGAGAGAGAGGGGAAGUCGAAGACGUCGAAGGGGAAGAGAUCAUCCUUAGGGAUCUUUUUUUAUUGUUUUGUAUCAUUAACAGAAGAGCACAUAUGACACAGAA